AUGCUUGGCUUUGCCUCCGACGUUGUUGUUGUUGUUUCUAGCAGUUCACCAUCGAUGCUGUUCGUUGCUUCGGAGGGCAAAUCGAGGCUUAUUGACUUAGAGACGAAGGCAGUGCACAGGACAUGCACGACGAGUCACAUUGAACGACGGGGGCUGACGUACUGUGCGGCGCUGCGGGCCGUUAUUGCGCACCAGUCACGGGGUUGCUCUUCUUUCUUUUCACCCAACACACAGCAGCCGUUGCAGAGGAGCUUUACGUUGGAGUCAAUCCUGUGCUCCGCAUGCACCGUUGACGGUGUGUUUCUUAUUGGUGGAACAGCAGACGGCAAUAUAUAUGUGUGGAGCACACUCACAGGGCAGCUUCAUCGUCUUGUUAGAGCCCAUACUCGUCGCGUCACAGACCUUACUAUUUCCUCUGACCAGUCGUUGCUCGUUACAGCCUCUGAGGAUUCCGUUUGCAAGACUUGGUCGCUGGCUGGUUUGGUGGCUCGUGGGUUGAGGCCGGCUGCUCCAUGCGCGCUUUUUAACGGGCACACCCUGGCGGUGAAUACCUGUUCCUUUAUGGAAAGCGGGUGCCUGGUUGUGACAGGGUCCGCCGAUCGCACCUGUCGCAUAUUUCAUGCGUUAACCGGACGACAGCAACUCGUAGUCACUCUGGACGAUGCCCUGACGGCGGUACGCCCCGCACCCGACGACACGAUGGUUCUUGUUGGCUCCGCCAGUGGGUCACUCUCCUUCGUUCAGUUGUAUGGCGACGCGGCACAGCAAUGCCUCCCGGUAAAUCUGCACAGGCGCGAGGAAAGCGUCACUGAGCGUAAAUCCUUUGAGGACGGCCACGGUGGUGCCAUUCUGUUUAUCUGGUUCGAUGCGGCGCGGCCGGGGUACGCCAUUGUGGGAAGUGAAAAUGGGACCGUGCUGUGGUGGAACAUCGCCGCAAAAACGGCGCACAGCGAGGCCUUCCCCCGCCUCCCCGGAGGGGUGUUGAGUAUUUGUUACGUGCCGAGGGAGAGCCGGGCGCCUCCCCCGUGGCCCUGCACCGGCCUCGUGAAGCACCCGCUCGACCCCUCCGCCACGGACUACGUCGUCCUCUCCGUGCCGGCCGCGGAGGAGCGGCUCCGCGUUGCGGGACCACGGCGCCGCUGCCGUGAACCGGACGCCAACGCCGCGGAGGACGAAGCGGACGCGAAGGUGAAAGUGGAGGGGGGAGGCGACAGCCACGGCCGCCUGAGCGCGCUUCGGCGCCAGCGGGAGAAGAAUGACGAGUUGGAGACGCUUCGAGAUCGACUAAAGGCAAAGCUACAGUCGCUAACGGCCUCCCAGGGCAGAGUGUGA